AGGCCCCGCCUCGGCGCCGUCACAAGGCCCGGCUGCGUCUCCCGAGCGGCAGGUGCGGGCCCAGCGAGCCGGGCCCCGCGGAGCAGGCGACCGGCCUCCGACCGUCUGGCCGCCCAGCGGACGCCGCGCGCCCCGGCCUGCGGUGCCAGCGAGCGGGGGACACCACGGAGCCUGAGGCCAUGUCCCAUGAAAAGAGUUUCUUGGUGUCUGGGGACCACUAUCCGCCCCCCAACCCUGGAUAUCCCGGGGGGCCCCAGCCUCCCAUGCCUCCCUAUGCUCAGCCCCCCUACCCUGGGACCCCUUAUCCUCAGCCCUCCUUCCAGCCUUCACCCUAUGGUCAGCCAGGGUACCCCCAGGGCCCCACCCCUUACCCCCAGGGCCCCUACCCCCAAGGGGGCUACCCCCAGGGGCCGUACCCCCAAGAAGGCUACCCCCAGGGGCCGUACCCACAGAGCCCCUUCCCCCCCAACCCCUAUGGACAGCCGCAGGUCUUCCCGACACAGGACCCUGACCUGUCUCAUGGAAACUACCAGGAGGAAGGGCCACCGUCCUACUACGACAAUCAGGACUUCCCUGCCACCAACUGGGAUGACAAGAGCAUCCGACAGGCCUUCAUCCGGAAGGUGUUCCUGGUCCUGACCCUGCAGCUCUCGGUGACCUUGUCUUCGGUGGCCGUGUUCACCUUUGUCGGAGGCGUGAAGGACUUUGUCCGGGACAAUGUCUGGACCUAUUACGUCUCCUAUGCUGUCUUCUUUGUCUCCCUCAUUGUCCUCAGCUGCUGUGGGGACUUCCGGCGGAAGCACCCCUGGAACCUCAUUGCGCUGUCCAUCCUGACCGUCAGCCUGUCCUACAUGGUGGGCAUGAUCGCCAGCUUCUACAACACAGAGGCAGUCAUAAUGGCAGUGGGCAUCACGACCGUGGUCUGCUUCUCCGUUGUCAUCUUCUCCAUGCAGACCCGCUACGACUUCACCUCUUGCAUGGGGGUGCUACUGGUGAGUGUGGUGGUGCUGCUCAUCUUCGCCAUCCUCUGCAUCUUCAUCCGGAGCCACAUCCUGGAGAUCGUGUACGCCUCUCUGGGCGCGCUGCUCUUCACCUGCUUCCUGGCAGUGGACACCCAGCUGCUGCUCGGGAACAAGCAGCUGUCCCUGAGCCCAGAGGAGUACGUGUUUGCGGCACUGAAUCUGUACACGGACAUCAUCAAUAUUUUCCUGUACAUUCUUGCCAUCAUCGGCCGUGCCAAGGAGUAGGCCUGAGCCACCGGGCUGGCCAUGCCCACUGCAGUGGGGUGGCCGGCCUGGGCCCUGCCCCCGGCAUGGCAGCGCCAUUUCUACCCUCUGCCUCGCCCCUGGGUGCGGCCUGGGGCUGAGGGAGCCUCUCCCCAUCCCCUCUGUGUACACUGCAGAUACUUCUGUUUGGACCCACUGUGGCCACAGCAUGGCCUCUUGUAGCCCCCCGCCCCCACCCAGGGGUGACGGGUAGGGUGUCUGUGCCACCUGCUGCCCACUCACUGUUGCAUGAGCCCUGCCUGCCAGCACCUCCCCCCCCCAGGGUCUGGGGGAAAACCAGGUCCCGGGGAAGAGGGAUUGAGCCAAGAGAUGAGGGUGCACGUCUUCCCUCCUGUCCCAGUUCCCCAGCCUGGCAUCCAGUAUCCCCUUGCCCCUCCUGAGGACCAGGCAGGCUGGGGUCACGUCCCUGCGCUGAGCCCUGAGGGCAGAGAGGAUGGGCGCGUUUCUGGGGAGGUGGGUGCCUUCCUCACUCUGCUGUCCUUAAAAUUCCAAUAAAUGGGACCCUCUGCUC